AUGUCGAGCGCCCAGGUUUCCAGCACCGCGGGUGCAGCCCGCUCGGCGGUCAAAGCUCCCCUUCUCAUUCCCGGUCGAGGCGAGCCUGUCAAAGACGCCAUCCUAGUCCACUCCGCGGGCAAGAUCGACUAUGCCGGGCCUCUGUCCGGGCUCCCCAAGUCGCUGAACGUUGCCCCGGAGCGGACGACCGAAGUGCCAGUUUUGCUCCCCGGUCUCUGGGACUGCCACGUGCACUUCAUCGGGCACCUGGAGCAGAGCAUGGACGGCAUGGCCGGCACGCAGCCGUUCUUCGCAGGCGUCCGCACCGCCCACGACGUGGCGGCCACGCUGAGCGCGGGGUUCACGAGCGUCCGCGAGACGGCGGGCUGGGGCGUCGAGCUCUCGCAGGAGAUCGAGGCCGGGCGGCUCGUGGGGCCCAACAUCUACUCGGUCUGCGCGGCGAUCAGCUGCACGGGCGGCCACGUCGACCACCACACGAUGAAGGAGCACCACUUCCACGAGCUCGGCUGCCACGGCAUCCCGCUCGUGGUGGCGGACGGCGUGCCCGAGUGCAUCAAGGUCGUGCGGCAGCAGCUGCGGCGCGGCGCCAAGGCCAUCAAGAUCUGCACCAGCGGCGGCGUGUCCAGCGACCGCGACGACCCGCGGCACCAGCAGUUCUCGGACGAGGAGAUCAAGGCCAUGGUCGACGAGGCGGCCCGGUCGCAGCGGGCCCUGACGUGCCACGCCCACGGCCUGCCCGGCAUCAUCGCGGCGGUCCGCAACGGCGCCACCAGCGUCGAGCACGGGACCUACCUCAACGACGAGGCGAUCGCCCUGAUGAAGGAGAAGGGGACGAUCCUCGUGCCCACCCGCGGCAUCAUGGAGGACGGCCUGACGGCGGCGGAGGUGUGGUCGCCGCGGGCAUUCGAGAAGCUGAAGCCGGUGGCGGAGCAGCAUGCCAAGGCGUACCGGGCCGCCGUGGCCGCCGGGGUCAAGAUCGCCAGCGGGUCAGACUACGGCAUCAGCCAGAGAAACACGCCGCUGAGCCACGGUCACAACGGCAGAGAGAUCGAGCUGGCAGUGCAGAUAGGUGGCAUGACGCCCUUGCAGGCGAUCGAGGCAGCCACGGCUGUUGCACCAGAGGUGCUUGGCCCUCAGGCCCCCAAGGCCGGCCAGCUGAAGGAAGGUUACGACGCCGAUUUUAUCGCGUUGACGUCCAACCCCCUGGACGACAUCAGCAUCAUCGCCAACCCGGACAAUGUCACGCAUGUCUGGCUCGCGGGGAAGCUGAAGAAAUCCCCAGGGAGGCCGAUCCUGCUCUCAAGCUACUCAGAGUGA